GGGAGCGGAUGAAACAGAAGAUAUUUCCGAACGAUCUCCCGCCCGGUCUACCCCUGAAACGACUGUACGAUCACAAGAUUGAGUUGGAACCCGGAGCGCAACCGACCGUCCGGAGUCUUAGUCAACCGGAGCUGAUGGAGCUACGUACGGAACUGGAUUAUCUGCUGGAGAAAAAAUUCAUCCGCCCAUCCACGUUACUAUACGCCGCGCCGAUUCUCUUCACCCCUAAAAAGGAUGAAGGGCUUCGGAUGUGUACCGACUAUCGCGCGCUCAACAACAUCGCCAUCAAGUCACGUUACCUAAUUCCACGAGCCGACGAUCUCAUCGACCAACUUCACGGGGCCAGGAUUUUUCUCAGAUUUAUCUACGAGGCGGUUACCACCAGUUUCGUUUCGCUGAAGCUGAUAUUCCAAAAACUGCCUUUCGCAUCAUUACGAAAGUUACGAGAAUACAGUGAUGCCGUUUGGGUUGACGAACGUACCCUCAACUUUUCAACUGACCAUGAACGAAGUCUUACGCUCGCUACCGGACAAGUGCGUCAUCGUCUACCUGGAUGACAUUCUGGUGUAUAGCACCA